AUUAAGUCGGUGACAACGCGCGCUCGAGACUGUGUGUUUAUCAGCGCGGACUGGAUCGAGCAGAUAAUUGCUGGAGAAUGGCACAAAUAAGCGCUGUCUGAUGUCCACCUGCGUUAGAAGUGUUUGGCAUAUCGUGUACUAAUGAGUAGUUGAAAUGAAUACGCGAGUUCGACUUACGGUGCUGUGGCUCUGUGCGGUGUUGUUAAUUUUUGGUGUGCUCAGCCAAGAUGAUCAACAUUUCCGAUUACCGACCAAUACGCGUCCCACUGGGUACGAUGUUACGCUGACCGUGGAUUUGGAGAAGUUCCAAUUCUUUGGAUCGGUUCGCAUUUCUCUGGUUGCAACUGCGAGAUCCAACAAUGUGACGGUGAACGUGAAUGAACUGGAUAUUUCCAAGGUCACACUGACCGAACAGACCGGAAAAAUUUUGACGAUGGUGGGAUCGGUUCUACAAAACGAUUCUGAGAUGGCGAAAUUCACUUUCGAUUCCGAUUUGAGUACGGAGUACUCAUACCAGAUGAUGAUCGAAUUCGCUGGGAAUAUCAGUGAUGAUCUUAAAGGGCUCUACAAGAGUUCCUACUAUCGUGAAACCGAGGAGAGGUUCAUUGGAACUACGUUCAAUGCUGCGGCAUAUGCGAGAAAAAUUUUCCCCUGUUAUGACGAGCCACAUCUCAAGGCGAAGUUCAAACUGCGAGUUUAUCACGAACCCCAGUUUCACGUGCUGUCGAAUAUGCCAGUGGAAAAUCGAACCGAACCUACCACUCCCGAUAACAACGGCAUGAGUCUAACAACUUUCGCCGAAUCUGAGCCAAUGUCAAGCUAUUUGUUUGCGUUCGUCGUAUCGGAUUUUAGUGCACUUACUUUGGGUGACACUUACGCAGCACACGCGCAGCCCAGCGUCAUCAAUUCGACCCAAUAUGCACUAGAUUUUACCCAAAGUGCUAUCUCUUAUCUGGGCACUUUCUUCCGGCGACCUUAUCAGCUGCCCAAACUUGAUAUUGUAGCCGUUGAUGAUUUUCUGAUGGGGGCCAUGGAAAAUUGGGGACUCAUAACGUACAAAACCUCGCGGAUCGUGUACCGAUCCGGGCAGGACAAAACCGAGAAGCUGCAGUCGGUCACGAAAAUUGUGUUCCACGAACUCUUACACCAAUGGUUCGGUAAUGAGGUGACCUGCGCUUGGUGGUCCUACGUGUGGCUUAACGAAGGUUUCGCCGUAUUCUUGGAGAGCUACAUUCUCAACGAAAUGCGUCCCGAGUGGAGACUGAUGGAUCAGUUCCUGGUGGACGAAAUGCAUCCGGUGAUGCUGAAGGACAGUCUGCCGAGAACCCGAGCCAUGACCAAACCGAUCAACACUCCCGAGGAGAUUGCGGGGAUUUAUGAUUUCGUCGCUUACCCGAAGGCGGCUUCCGUUAUUCGUAUGCUGCAUUCCGUGGUCGGAAAGGCAGUGUUCGAUGAGUUUCUGGUGGAUUAUCUGAAGGACCGAAGUUUUAAGUCGUCAACGGAGGAUGACAUGAUCCGUGUGUUGCAAGAUACUGUCGAUAGGCGUAACAUGACUCUUCCGCCCCUCGAUGCAAUCGUGAAGAGCUGGACGCAAAACCCCUCCUAUCCGUUGGUUACAGUCAAUUGGAAUCUGGCAGGUUCGGUCACGAUCAGCUCAGUACCCGUUAAAAUGUUUCACAUCCCCUUGGAUUGGAUAUCAGAGAGUGGAAAAUCGGGAAGAGAUUGGCUCUUAACCUCUGAUAGUCACAAAACAAUUCUUCUGGAAAAUCUUGGCUCCGACGAGUGGAUUCUGGUCAACCCGCACCAGUAUGGAUACUAUCGCGUGAACUAUGACUCUAGAAAUUGGCAAAGGUUGAUCAACACCCUGAACAAAGACUACACCAAGAUUCCCGUCCUCAGCCGCGCACAGUUGAUCGACGAUGCGCUGUUCCUAGCUCGGAACAACCACCUGGGUGUUGAAACUCUUCUGAGGCUUCUCAGUUAUAUUUCCAAAGAAUCAGAUCUGAUUCCGCUGAAAUCCGGCUUCAAAGCAUUGACUCAUCUGAACCAAUUGUUUCGCGGAAACGAUCUCUACCCCAGCUAUCUUGAUUUCCAACACAAGUUGCUGGAGACCAUUUACGACCGAAUGUUGCUCAACAAAGCGGACGAUCAUCUGUCGAAGCUCUACCGAGUGGAGGUGAGACGGGUUGCCUGCGAGCUUAGUCUUCCCAAAUGUCUGGGAGAUGCGAUCGGUUUGUUCGAGGAGUUCGAGCUGAUCGAGCCGGAUCUACGAGCGCCGGUAAUUUGUGGUUCUAUUAAGGCGAGUGAGCACCCAAAUGUUUGGCUUUUGGUGGUCCGAAGAUUGGCGCACAUUUCACGAAAUUUCGAGCAGAAACGGAUUAAUGUGGAAGAAUUCGAAGAUAUUCUGUACGGAUUUGGAUGCGUUGCCAGUCGAGAUCGCGUGGAUAACUACUUAUCAUUAUCGUUAUCGGACAGCGAGACGCUGGAGCAGUCGGAUCGAAUCAAAAUGUUUAAUUAUGUAGCAAACAGUGGGGUUAACGGCACAGAAGAGGCACUGAAUCGACUCAGUAACGAUUAUCAAACUCUUAGAGCGAAAUACGGAUCAAUGAACGAAAUCGUUUCGAAUUUGCGCAAUGCAAUCAGCACACAAGAGCAGCUGCAGCAGUACCAAAACUUCUUGCAGAAUAACACCGACAGCGAUAUCAACGCUAUCCUGCAUGAGGUGCACGAAGAAGUGCGAACAAAUGUUCAGUGGACUAAAACGAAUCUACCCGUCAUUUCCAAAUGGAUUUUGGAGACCAAUUCUGGUGUGUCAAUCGUUCUUUCGAAAUUUGUUGCGCUGGCGGCGGUCAUCGUUAUCGCAUACCAGAGUGUGUGUGUAUAGUGGUCUAGUUGUAAAAACAUCUCCUGUUUUACCUUACCUUAUUUAAUAAAUAAC